UAGAGGAUGAAGAAAUGGAAAAUGCCAGAAUUUACGAUACUGUAGAGGCAGCUGCAGUGGGCUCCGUACAGUACAUGUACAUAACACAGGAGCAUGCGGCUGCAUGAACAAUGAUUGAUCCUCACCCCCGGAUUAACGCUACAGUUUACCUCCGGCAAAAGAAUCUUGCGGGCUCUUUUUUAAAAGGGCACCGUCGCUCCUUUUCUUUCAAACCCGUUUUAAACCCCUUCAUGCCAUUCAUACUCCCUUCCAUGACUCCUCUGACCGCUUCCCGUCUACCGUGAUCGGCCAUCUGGAGAUUCCAAAUCCCGAUCUCGUCUUUGAAGGAGGUUUGCACAGUUAGUCUAUUGCACGGCGGGGAGAUUCCACUAUGCAAUAGCUGCUUUGGUAUCAAAAGGCUUCAGCCCAAGCGGGAUAGCGAGCUGUUCACUACCGGUAUAACCAUUCUCCUCCGCGAUCCUCUUUUCGGUACCGUGAUACCGGUGCACCUGAUGAACCAAUUUCAACUAAACCCCUCUUGCCCCUCCAGUCCACUUCCCACUAUCCCCCCGUAUUAAAACCGGCACCAGUACCGUCGCGAGACCAAACAAAUUCACCAGACUUCUCUCUCUACGGUACUUAGGGAUUGGCAAUCCAGAAAAGCACAGACCUUCACUUCGAUCGGAUUCCCUACCACAAAACCCCUGUCCCCAAAAAGCAAAAUCACAAAAGCAAGGACCUCCUGCAAGCCGGAGAUAUCCCAUCAAUCUGUUUCCCGGUUUGGUGAGGGGUGUUGAUUCACAGCAGUUUAUAAGCGUCGGUCCCCCACCGGGUUUUUUUUUUUUUUGGUUUGAAUAGUCUAGAGCGAGAGAGAGAGAGAGAAAAAAAGCUUGGGGGUUUGAGAGACAAGUUUGUGGAUUUGUAUGUUCCACCUAUAGCAUUCAUGGUUCCACACCCUCACUCAUACGAGGCAUCAACGUCCUCUCGCGAGCCAAACGCGCGAAAAGCAAGUGUUCAAUCCCUGCCGAAGCCUCCAUCAACCUUCACCUGCCGAGGUGGCCGGCGUUACCAUGGCGACGAAGCAAUACACUAUUUUCUCCCCUGCGAUGUGCAGGAGCUGAGCCGACAGUCACUUUUCCACGAGGUGCAGCGCGAGGUGUACGGCGGAUACCAUUGUGCCGAGUUCCCCGAUGAUGGUAUUCCAAACAAGGUGCUGGAGGUUGGCUGCGGGACGGCUAUUUGGAGUGCUAGCGUUGCCGAUAGCUUCGCAUCCCGGGGGAGACCGGAUGUGCAAUUCGUCGGCUUGGACAUAGUCCCCGUCUACCCCGACAUGCAUGGCGUGAACUUCACCUUUGUCCAACACAAUUUCCAGAAUCUACCGCUGCCAUUCCCCGAUGGUGAAUUUGACUAUGUUAUCUGCCGGGAGGUUUCCAUGGUGACGCCUGUUAGUGAUGUCUACGGGUCUCAAAUAGCGGAUUGCGUACGGGUGUUAAAGCCGGGCGGAACCCUUGAAUUGCAAUGCUGUGAGUGAUAUCCCGGUGCGUGCGUGCAUGCGUGCAUCAUAGCCUUUUUUAUCAUGGUCAGUCACUGAUGCUCGCGAAACUUCAGCCGACUACUCGAUCCGCUCCCUCCAACGUACAGCCGCCCCCUUCACCCCAGGCUCGAGUGCCUAUACAAUCGCUUCCGCCACCCAAUUUUCCUUGUCUGCCGAAAAUCCCUUCGUAACGGCCUGGAACGAAAGGAUUACGAGGGCGUUAACAAAAUACCAACUCUCACCGGUCCCGUGCACCCUUGCGGGUCCCCAGCUGCUGAUGGAGGAGGGCCUGACCGGCGUACAGGCAAAACGUAUGGCCCUACCGCUCGAUGAGAUAUGGUGGGAGAGCCCCACAAACUUCGAGGAUCCUCGACGGAAGCGAACGAGCAUGGAGUCGACCAGCACGGUCGAUAGCAAGAACCGCAAGAAUAGUCUAUCGGUACACCGGCGGUCAUCCACGUCGGUCGGCUCGAACCAAUCUCAGUCGCUUAAGUCACCGCUAUCGGGGGAGGAGAAGGCUGUCCGUGAGCUUGCACGGCUGACAUUCGCCCAGCUAAUAGAGUCACUCGAGCCGAUCCUUCGUGAGACAAACAGUAUUGCAAUGGACGACUGGGACAGGUGGUACAAGGACAUGAUGGUAAACUUCUUCCAGCACGGUGGCCUGCAAGGUGGCGAAUGUGUCGAGUUCGGGAGCUGGUGGGGUCAAAAGGCUCCAAAGGAGUAG